AUGGCAGACGACGAGGGAUCUGGACUCCGCUCGAGAGGCAAGUCCUUUCUCAGCAAGAGCAAAUGGGGCAAAGUGUUCAAGGAGAAUGACUCUCCACCUGUGCCUUCUACUGCGAGCGAGGAUUUUGGGCAGCAGCAGACGCAGGCGAAGCAUACGAAUUCCUUCAAGCUGAACGAGGAUGUGGUGGAUUUCUUGAAGCCGUCGACGGAGAAGAGUAAGCCGAAGCUGGAUAUUGCUAUUGCGCAGAGGUGGCCUGAGGCACAUGAGGUGAGGGGUGCGAGGGAGAGGGAGGGCGCUCCGUUGGCGGCGGGUCACGGUCAGCAGCAGCAGCAGGUGCAGGGGAAGGAGGGUGCUGUGCCGCAGUGGACGGGGUAUAGGAGGAGGAGGAGAAGGGAGGGGCUGACGGUGGGGUUUGUGAAGACGACGCCGGAUGUCAUUGGCGAGGGUGGGGAUGAGGCACCUGAUCCUCCGGCUGAGAUCUCUAGGCGGAAAGCUAUGGUUAGUCGUUCUGCUUCCGCCUAUCGACCUAAUACCCUCGACAACGGGACCUCGUGGCCGGGUGCUGUACCGCUUCCGAGGCCGGGUUCUGGACAAGUUGGAUCUGAACCCAGACCUGGACCUGGACUUGUCAGAGCGCCGCAAGAGGAUUUCACGGCUCCGCCACUCAGGAGAGCGGAUACUUCGCAUAAUGAGUUCUCCCCGCCUGUGCAAAGGAAAUUCGCUUCGCCGCCUAUUGAGGCUAUCGCUCAUCGACCGAGUCUCGGGAGGACGCCUACGGGUUUCAGCGAUGAUAUGAGGCAACAGCAGCAACGACCUGUCAACGAAGCGGACUACGAAAGUGACGAGGAGAUUGCAGCGAGUACUGAGUCCGGACCUCCAAGACUAGAUACGCAAGCUCCCAUGAUAGGCACGAACUUCCACUUCGACUCGCCUCAACCCAUGACAGCCAGUACCGUCAACUCCAGCUCCAGCAAAGCCUCUGCAGCACCUCGCGACCCAUCAUCCCCUCUCGUUGUACGGAGACGGGAUAGGGACAUGCAGGCUUAUGAGGGUAUGGCCCUACGUCGAGCUAGUACUCUUUUCAUGCAGGAUGAAGGCCAGGAGCAGCGCCAGCCGGAUUCAGCUACGGGAUUGAGGCCUUCGGAGCAGUUCUACAAUACUUUGUCUAAUCUCUCGGUUUCGAGGAUUGUGUCUGAGGAGGAGCGUGGGGUGGCUGGGGAUGAUUUGUCCCCCGAGGGGACGGGGCCGUCGCCGUUUGAGGAUCCGAGGUAUAUGAAACGGCGGUCUGGGGACACGAAUUUACAAGGCACGGGUCAGUCUACCCAGCCGCCGGUUCAAACAAUACCUCAGCAAGUCCCGAUUCGACAGCACCCUGGUCCCGGCCAGAGGAGCCAUGACAUGGGCCCGCCUAGCUACAUGCGCGCAGGUCAACAAGGUGCAUCACAAUCUUACGACGAGCCUCGCCAACAACCCUCCCAGGAUAUGCAACCCAGUUACAUGCGUGCUGGCCAGCGCCCAGGAGCACAAUCGUAUGACGAGACGCACCGAAGGCCGUCAGAAGAUACGAGACCAAGCUAUAUGCGAGCCGCACAACCACCGAAUGGGUCUGCACAGCCUGGCCGGCCGCCUCCUGCGCCUGCUCAGACCAUGCAAGUACCGUCUGAUGACAGCGCAAGCAGAUCACGCUCGCCCAUGCGGAAUCGAAUCUUUGACUCUCAAACCUCGCCUGAGAAGCAGAAGCCGCGCCCCUUCUACAACCAGAGCAGUAAUUCGAGCGGUAGCAUAAACCGCUUUCCUGCAUCUUCCGGCAUGGGCGCAUCCAGUCACAGCCGAACGAGCUCGCGAGAAGAAACUUCGCCACAGAUACGGGAGCCGAACAGAUCGCAGACAUCACCUGAGCAGCGCUUCGGGCCUCCACGGCAGAGUCCACAGUCGCCUAGUCCGCGCUCGUCUAUGCUCGGACCUGGGAACGCUGCAAGAGGUGCCACAUCGCCGUAUGCUCGUGGUCCAAGUCCGGCAGGUUACUUUGCCGGGUCUCAAAAUCCGGCGAUGCAAGGCUCGAGACCGCCUGCUGCGACUCUACGGUCAGAUGAUGCCGUGCGACCGGGCUCUGCAGCCUCUUCGCGAUCAUUCCAGCGACCGAUACCUUCGCCCCAGCCUUCGACACAGAGUGAUCCCGCGACUGAUCUAGCACUUGCUGAUUUCGCUGGUCGCGUGGCGCAUAUGCGUGGUGUUUUCUCCCUGACUGCAGAAAAGGAGCGACCAGUACCGCUAUGUUCGCCACAAGCAUGGCUACGCACGGCAUUGUGGUGGUACCUCAAAGGCAAAGCUGGGCUGGAAGUCCUACUACAGCAACGCUCUAAGGCGUCUGAGCCGCCGAGGGAGCUAUUAAUGCAAUGUCAUGUCGAUCUUGCCAAGGCGUGGUGGUUCCUCUCCGAACAUCUGGACGAACAUACUAUGGUGGAGAGUCCACAGUCUGUACACUCGCCUGCUGGACAUUCGCAGCUCUCGCAGUCUUCUGCGUUAUUGAGGAGUCAUAUCAAGUCUCUCUGCGCCUCGAUGCAGAAAGCCCAGCUUAUGCCACCACAUCAGUCCUUGAUACAAGGUCAGGAUACCAGGAUCUGGAUCGACUACCCGCGAUUCACAUCCAACGUCGUGGAAGUGCUGAGUGGUGCUGCCAUUAGAUCUAUCCUUGUAGAUCCAUCUACACCAACGACGUCGCCCAUUGAAGCACUUCCGCUUGGCGAUACACGGGGUAUCUUCUGCUUUGGCCGCUUCCCGGUCGAAGCAUCUAUCAAUACAGAUGAGGCUGAGACAGACCGGGCGGUGUUCCCGUGCAUGCUAACCAUGUUACGCAACAAGCGAGAGUUCCAGCCAAGCAUUGUUGUAGCUGGUCAGAGCGAUCUCGUCAACGUCAACAUUGGUCCAAGACGAGGCGAUGAGAAAGGGCUAGGCUGGCAGGAUGUUUCGUGGAAGGCGGGCUCGCAUGGUCUAUCGGUACAUCUCCCACGAGGCUUCGACUUAACGGUGAAGAUGCAGGAGCGUGAUUUCCGGAGCCUGUGGAAUAUGGUCGAGUAUGCGCGCAAGAUCGAGCACAGCUUACGACCACGAGAAGAUGAACGGCAGGCCCACGAGUCCUUGCUCGCUGAACUGCAGUAUGCGGACUCCUCGGGCACACAUUCCUUCCCGGCUGAGAAGAUGCCGAGAUGUAUGGCCCUGGUCUUUGAGCGGACGCUUGAGCAUCGAGAUGGUAGCGGUGCGCGGAAGAUGCACAGAGGCUUUCGCUUACUCCUUGUCACGGAUCCUGCUCAUAAAAGUCUGAGCAGUGUCAGCCACAACCUUGGCGCCCAGUCGCCGCUGCUCUUCGAGUUCAUCACUGAUGCUGCUGCGCAAGGCACCACGGCGAUGGUUCUACGCAUAAGGGAAGAGAAUCGCCAGUGUAGGAUCCUGCUCGUCUUCCCAGAUAUGGCAAGUCGACAAGCCCUCUACGACAUCCUCAACGGCCUGAGUAUCGGUGAAGACGAAGCGAUCGUGAGCAAAAUCGCCCUCACAGGCCUGAACAUCCAGAAUGCAGCACAAAUCUCCAGCUCUUCGCCCAUCAGCAGCCAUCCAGCACUCCAAUCCUUCCAGUGGCAGAAACUCGGCAUCACAAACAGCAUCUCCGACGACCCAAAUACACGUAUCGCCCCGACCGUCGGCUCCGAGAGCUUGAGAUUAGUGGCCCGACACGCAGCAGGCUGCAUAACCGACCGUCUGAACCUAGGCAAAGGCGAACUUCUUUUCCGUCUCCCCUGCGCCGCGCAAGCGAUCCCGGCUAUACAAAUCCUGCGCGAGCCGCAGGAGGAUCUUACCAUGUCUAUCGAUGUCCGCCAAGCAUCGCAGGAAGUGGUGGAGGGGGUGAGUACACUGUAUCAACUCGCGCAACAGCAGACGACCGUCCGCACCCUCCUCUUCGCCACCCCGGCCGAUCUUCAUACUUUCCAGGCUUCCGUCACGGGGUUCACGGUCGCGUAUGAUGGGGUGGCGAGUACGUUUAAUAUCUCCCAUCGUAUGGCUAUGGUGCCCAUCUAUCAGAAGAAACAGGCUUCGUCUGUGCGGUUGCAGAUCGUGCAGAAUGCGCAUGGGAAUACUACGCAGGUAUUGGCCUUUAUGGAGGAUUUCGAGCUAGCGGAUGCGUUGUGCUUCCAGAUUCGGAGCACGGAUACUUUCGAGCGCGUGAAGGGGGAUGGAAGGGGCAAGAAAUGGGGGGUCAAGUUUGUGGAUGCUAAGUUCAAGCUUAAUAGGCUGGAGAAGAGGGAUGGGGAUGAGGAGGUGGAGGUCGGGGAGAGGGUGAGGCGAAGAUUCGUGAAUUUGGAAGGGUUGGAGUAUGCGGAGGAGCAUGAUGAUAUCGGGAUUGGGUUUGAGACGGAGGCCGAUCGUGAUCGCUUUGCUGCUGCGUUGCCGGCUGCUACGACUGUGGGACGGUUGAUGACGUUGAAGAGGCGGAUAUGA